AUGGCCCUGGUUAUUGAACUAGGGCAAGAUACAAUCCAUCUCUCCCACUCGAACUCAGAUUUGUCUCUGAUGCUACGUGCGUCGUUGGACAUAUCUCUCUCAGGAAAUCUGAAUUCUGGACGCCCUGAGGAUCUUAAUAAACUGAUAAAUUCUGGAUUAAUAUGGAUAUCCCAAUCACCAGAAAUUAAAAUGCAUGUCGUCGUCACUACCAGAUCUCAUUUCUCUGAGUCAGUUCCAUCUUACGUCUCUCACGUAGGAGAUAUAAUUCGCAAGUCCAAAGUACGUUAUCACGGGCCAAAAACCACUUACACCGCUGUGAUCGACCCAUUUACUGACAGACACCCUGCAGCUCUGGUCAGAUUUGGAUCUUUCUGUCCUACUCCGAAGCUGGGGCCGUUUUUCCGGAUCGGACAAUUCAACGACCAUCAAGUUUUCCUUUGGAUUGCGAAGAAAAGCGGGCAGGCCGUCAACAAACAGACUCCGCCGAGUACCAAUAUCAGCGCAGCACGACGGCGAUGCUGCUCCUCCAGCAAAUAUUCACACAGCAUACUUGUCUACGAUAAACGUGUUCCUUGA